AGAAGCUAAUUUCUAUUCGCCGUCACUGACUCACUGAUCAGAGAUCAAUGGCGCUCUCUAGGAUUGUCGGCGGACAUCUGAAAUCCGUCGGAGUUUUUAACUCCUCCGCCGCGUUUCUCUUCUCCCAACGCCGUGGCGUUGCCUCCAAGCUCUUUGUUGGAGGACUGUCAUUCUAUACCUCCGAGCAGGGAUUGUCCGAGGCAUUUUCCCAGUCCGGCCAAGUCGUUGAAGCCAAAAUAAUAAUGGAUAGAGUGUCUGAUAGAUCUAAAGGAUUCGGGUUUGUGACAUUUGCUUCCGACGAUGAAGCUCAAAAGGCUAUAACUGAGAUGAACGGAAAGCAACUAAACGGGCGGGUUAUAUUCGUCGGCUAUGCUAAGCCGAAGCAAAGUUUCAGAAGCGGGAUGCCGAUCGCAAGAGGACCACCUCACCCCGUGGUGGCAGCUGACAAUGACAAUGACAAUAAAGAUGACAAUGACGACGAAAUCACAAACAAACAGGCAAGAGAAUUGGAGUGAGGUUAGAGUAUUAUGGCAGUGAAACCUCGAAACCCUUAAGGCCGUAGAACUAUACUACACCCUUUUCGCCAUUUCUUGCGAGCGAUUAACGGUUGUAGAUUCUUAUGAACCGCGAUUUCGGAAUGCAAGAAGGAUGAGUAGUUUAGUUGUGUCCGCCAUGCAAAGGAACCAGUAUCCAAUCCUUUUGGGGACAUGACAUUGUUGUUCAGUCUUUGUUCCUUCUUCUCCCUACUGUCUUCCCAAUGUGAAUUAAUCACCUUUUUUUUUGGGGAUAUCCAUAAAAAAGAUGGUGAAAUUAGGGCUUUUCCACUUUUCAAGGGAAUGCUAACCGACGGGAUGGAGAUUGAAGAAAGAGCAUAUGAUAUAAUAAACACUUUUCGAUUAGUUCUAUAAUCUCCCUUGUGUUCGGUUGUUUCUUUGUUUCACUAAGUGUCCUGUGUUGAAGACCAAGACUUGGGACACUAACUAAAAAUAAACAAAAAAGUUUUUUUUUCUUUAUCUCAGUAUGUAAUUUAAAACUGAUAUAAAUUUAUGGAUUAUUUA